AUGGGCAACUCGCCCGCCUCGGUGAACGACGUGGUCUCCGACGAGCACCGCGCCAUGGCGUUCGGCAUCUGGUCCAUCGGUCCAACGAACGGGCCCGUCUACGGUCCGAUUAUCGGGGGCUUUGUGUUCGAAUACUUGGGGUGGAGGUGGACGAACUGGCUGGUGCUGAUUAUCGGCGGGGCCGUCCUGGCCCUGAUGGCGUGCAUCCGCGAGACUUACGCGCCGGUGAUCCUGCGCCAGCGAGCCGCCAAGAGGCGCCAGCAGACCGGGGAUUCCCGGUGGUGGACACAGUACGAUGACGGGGAGAGUCUCUCCGCGCGACUCAGGACGGGCUUUGGCCGUCCGUUUGUCAUGCUGUUCACCGAACCCAUUUGCAUCUUCUGGGACAUCUACGUCGCGCUCAUCUACGGGGUCCUAUACCUCUGCUUCGUCGCCUUCCCCAUCGCCUUCCAGACGAAGCGGGGCUGGUCUCCGGGCCUUGGCGGUUUGGCCUUCGUGGGCAUCGGAGUCGGCGUCCUGAUCGCCAUCGCGUGCGAACCGCUCUUCCGCCGUGUCAUCAACCUGCAUCGCAAGGAUCCAGCCACCGGGCUUGUGGCCCCCGAGGCCAUGGCCAGCGUGGUCUGCCUGGGGGCCACGCUGCUUGCCGUCGGGCAGCUGUGGUUUGCCUGGACGUGCACGCCCAACGUGCACUGGAUCGUGCCCAUCCUCUCCGGGGUGCCCUUCGGGGCCGGCAACGCCUGUGUCUUCAUCUACGCCAGUAACUACAUCGCCCGCUCGUACGGAAUCUACACGGCCUCGGCGCUGGCUGGCAACAUGCUCACCCGCAGCAUCGUGGGGGCGUGCCUGCCCCUGGCCGAACCGUCCAUGUAUGCGACGCUGGGGCUGAACUGGGCGAGUACUCUGCUGGGGCUGGUGGAGGCGGGGUGCAUCUCCAUCCCGGUGGUGUUCUACUUCUACGGGCAUCGCAUCCGGAAGGCCAGUCCGAUGAUCCAGGAGUUAAAGAGGAUGCAGGCCAAGGCGUGAUUCCAUUAAGAAGUACGUGGUAGUGAUAAAUAUAGAGUAUUGUUUGGCU